UUCUGCGCACGCGCAGUCUUCACCCCACAGAAGAGCACUCGCGUCCCUCAGAGGAUAUUCUCUCUGCUUAUAAAAGCUCCUAGGAGCUCAUCACCAGCAGUAAAGCUGUAUCAACACCGGCUGGACAGACCCGAGGGAAGUGGCGCCGCAUACGGGGAACUGCCGCUGGACAUCGCCAUGAGUUACAAACCUAUAGCUCCUGCGCCGUCUGGCUCCAACCACACGCCUCCUGGCUCCUCGGUGCCGUCUCCUUCCCUCCCAUCGUCGUCUAACUUCAGGCCGGCUUUCAGCGACUUCGGUCCUCCUUCCAUGGGUUUUGUUCAGCCCGUCAAAGUCAGCCAAGGCUCCACUUACAGCGAGCUUCUGUCCGUCAUUGAGGAGAUGAGCCGGGAGAUCCGCCCGACAUACGCCGGCAGCAAAAGUGCCAUGGAGAGGCUAAAGAGAGGAAUAAUCCACGCCCGUGCGCUGGUCAGGGAAUGUCUCGCUGAGACGGAAAGAAGCGCCCGCACAUAACACUCUUCUCUCUUCCAACUUGACUUUUGUACAGACUUUUCAACUACCGCUGUGCAUAAAAGACAUAAUCAAGCAGAUUUUUAUACCUUUUAUGUUCGAAAGAAAAGCAAACCUUUCCUCCCCGAUUUGACCUCCCACACAUUCUCUCGUCAUCCCACACAACGUCUCAAGUCACUUUCUUACCUCGGGAAUUUUGUAAACCACAUUUUUGCAGUUCCGUAUGUAUAUCUUAAUUAAAUGAUUAAAAACAAA